AUGGAAGGAGGCCGCGCGCUCUUCUCCCUCCACGCCACCGCCACCGCCGCCGCGCUGGUGGUGGUGAUCGGCGUUGAGGCGAGGGCGGUGUACAACAACGGGCAGGCGGAGGGGCUCACCUUCUGGGCGCCCAACAUCAACGUGUUCCGGGACCCGCGGUGGGGCCGCGGGCAGGAGACCCCCGGCGAGGACCCAACGAUGACCGGCAAGUACGCCGCCGUCUUCGUCCGCGGCGUGCAGGGCUACGGCCUCGCCGGCGCCGUCAACUCCAGGAACCUCGAGGCCUCCGCCUGCUGCAAGCACUUCACCGCCUACGACCUCGAGAACUGGCACGGCAUCACACGAUACGUCUACGACGCCAAGGUGACGGCACAGGAUCUGGAGGACACGUACAACCCUCCGUUCAAGAGCUGCGUGGAGGACGGCCACGCCAGCGGCAUCAUGUGCUCCUACAACCGCGUCAAUGGCGUGCCGACGUGCGCUGACUACAACCUUCUCUCCAAGACGGCGAGGCAGAACUGGGGGUUUUACGGGUAUAUCACCUCAGACUGCGACGCGGUGGCCAUUAUCCAUGAUGCGCAAGGGUAUGCCAAGACGGCAGAAGAUGCAGUUGCAGAUGUGCUCAAAGCUGGAAUGGACGUGAACUGCGGCGGCUACGUGCAGGAGCACGGCGCGUCUGCACUCCAGCAAGGGAAGAUCACGGAGCAGGACAUCGACAGAGCCCUGCACAACCUGUUCGCCGUCAGGAUGAGGCUGGGGCUCUUCAACGGCGACCCCAGGCGGAACCGGUACGGCAACAUCGGGCCCGACCAGGUGUGCACGCAGGAGCACCAGGACCUCGCCCUGGAGGCUGCGCAGGACGGCAUCGUCUUGCUCAAGAACGACGGCGGCGCCCUUCCACUGUCCAAGUCCAGUGUCGCGUCCCUCGCCGUGAUCGGGUUCAACGCGAACGACGCCACCAGGCUUCUCGGCAACUACUUCGGCCCGCCGUGCGUGACGCUGACGCCGCUCCAGGUGCUGCAGGGCUACGUGAAGGACACGAGCUUCGUCGCCGGCUGCAACUCGGCCGCCUGCAACGUCACGACGAUCCCCGAGGCAGUCCAGGCGGCGAGCUCGGCGGACUACGUUGUCUUGUUCAUGGGGCUGGAUCAGGAUCAGGAGAGGGAGGAGGUUGACCGGCUGGACCUGACGCUACCGGGACAGCAGCAGACCCUCAUCGAGAGCGUCGCGAACGCCGCGAAGAAGCCGGUGGUCCUCGUGCUGCUCUGCGGCGGGCCCGUGGAUGUGAGCUUCGCCAAGACGAACCCCAAGAUCGGGGCCAUCCUGUGGGCUGGCUACCCCGGCGAGGCCGGCGGCAUUGCCAUCGCACAGGUCCUCUUCGGAGAGCACAACCCCGGUGGAAGGCUGCCCGUGACGUGGUAUCCCCAAGACUUCACGAGAGUGCCCAUGACGGACAUGAGGAUGCGCGCCGACCCACCCACGGGCUACCCCGGCCGGACGUACCGGUUCUACCGCGGCCCGACCGUGUUCAACUUCGGCUACGGCCUCAGCUACUCCAAGUACUCCCACCGCUUCGUCACGAAGCCGCCUCUCAUGAGCAACAUCGCCGGCCUGAAGGCGCUGGAGACGACGGCGGGCGGCAUGGCGAGCUACGACGUGGAGGCCAUGGGGUCGGAGACGUGCGACCGGCUCAAGUUCCCGGCGGUGGUGCGGGUGCAGAACCACGGGCCCAUGGACGGGAAGCACCCGGUGCUGGUGUUCCUGCGCUGGCCCAACGCGACGGACGGCAGCGGCCGGCCGGCCAGACAACUGAUCGGGUUCCAGAGCCUGCACCUGAGGGCGAUGCAGACGGCGCACGUGGAGUUCGAGGUGAGCCCCUGCAAGCACUUCAGCCGGGCGACGGAGGACGGCAGGAAGGUGAUCGAUCAGGGCUCGCACUUCGUGAUGGUCAGCGAGGAUGAGUUUGAGAUGAGCUUCAUGGCAUGA